CUCUACUUUCAACAAGGAGAUCCUCAACAACCCAACAAGUCAAAGGUUCCCACCCCUAUUUAAGCAGCAGAUCCCAGCUGCAAGGAGACUCUCAUUAAGCCUCAUGGUUGAGUUGAACCUCCUGGCACAAUGGCAGUCAGCAAGCUCGUCAAAUACCUUCUCUUCAACUUCAACCUUUUGUUUUUCCUGGGAGGAAUUGGUAUUCUCAGUUUCUCUGCAUAUGUCAGGAUCAACAAAGCAGCCUUCCAGAUCACAGAUGAGCUUCUCCCAGCCAUAAACCUCCUGAUUUUUGUCGGUGCCAUGACCAUGGCUUUUGGCUUCCUGGGCUGCUGUGGAGCUCUUCAAGAGAGCCGCUGCCUGCUAGCCAUUUUCUUCAUGAGCCUGCUGGUAAUGUUCCUCAUGCUGUUGUCUGUGGGAGUGUUGGGAGCCAUAUCGAGAACCGCAUCUUCCCAGGAGAUUGUGAAGAAACACAUGAAAGAUCUGCUACCGCUCAGCGAACAGCCUGAAGAUUUUCAGCUUGCCUUUCAGGAUGUGGAAAGGACCAGUUUCUGUUGUGGUUUCUUCGUUGGACAUCUUGAUUGGGGAAACGCCACAGUGGUGCCAGACUCCUGUAACUGCACAGACACCUCUAGAAACUGCACUGUUUUGGAAGCACGUGAGAUCUUUGCGACACCGUGUAUGACGUACAUUUUUACGUGGUUGGACAGAUUAUCAGAAACCCUCAUGGGCAUUGCGUUUGGGUUUGGCAUGUUGAUGAUCCUGGGCAUGAUUUUCUCAUUAGUCCUGCUCUGUCAAAUGAAUUCUGGACACACAAGUUUAAUUUAAAAUGUUCAUCACAAGGCCUGAACUUUACCUGUGUUUAUCAAAGGACAAGGCAUCAUGUUCAUGUUGAAUGCUUCUUUAUUGGGCUCUGCCUCAUUGUACUUUUUUGACUUUUUUAUUUUAACCGGUUGUUUUGCAGUUAUAUUGCUUAUUAAACAUUUUAACUAUGAACAAAGUAUGAUUUAUUCAUGGCAAUUGCUAAAUUGUAAGUCCAGAGUUUCUUUAUUUUGUGUAGCAGAUCUUACUGUACAUAAAUCCUUGCCAAUUAAUACAUUUGUUUUGAGUACUGCACUCUGCUAUCUGUGUUUUUUAAAAAGGUUAACACCUAGCUCCACCUUUUUAACUUUAAUGCAUGAGCAAUGACAUUAUACUGUAGCCUUUGUUUUUUAGCAGAUCGAAGUAAAUGUUACUUUUUGCUGAUAAAACAUUACUACUAAGUAUCAUUUUCAACAGGGGACUUGUUUUCCCUGUUGGUUAAACGCACAUGUGUGUUGGGUGGAAUCAGCUUGGUGAUUACAUUCACCUGUCAACUCAUCUGACUUCACUAAGUGGGGAGGAAUCUGUGCUCUUUAAAAAGUGAGUUCUGAAAAGGUUUGUAAACAACACAGGUGUUGAUUUUUCUAAUGCUGAGUAAACCUUUCUGCAUUUAUAACAAAUCAUUAGUUUACUCAAGUGGGAAGAUAAGGACUGCUGGUUUCAGACAUGUAUCCAUAGACAAAUUCACCGUUGUAUUUGGAUGUAACUAAAGUAUAUUCAGGGAAAAUAA